UCUCUGACGCAUCGGCUGGUUUUACGACGGUGUGCUUGCACAAUGGCAAUUUCCGCCAGUUUGACUUGCUGCUCGCGAACGCGUUGAACUCGCCGUGUUUAGUGUUUACAAUUUUGCUCUAAACGGCCGCUUUUCCGUUAGAAAUCGCGUAUAUAUGUCGACGCCCGCGUCAGGUACAGAGAGAGAUAGCGCUUUGGAGUAGGUUUCUUUUGGUUCGGUUAAAGAGUGAAAAUCCAGCUUGAGGCCCACCUCGAAGAGCUCGAGCGGGGCACAGCUCCGAAAAGUUUGUUGUUGUCACGUGACGCGGAACGAAUGUGGCGAUAAAAGUUUGUUUAGAUAGUGAAACUAGGUGGCGUAUUACGUUUCCCAGAACCUGUUCAACACAGUCCUCACCACGAUGCCUCAACCAAAAUACAGAAAGAUCGCCGUUAUAGGUUACCGGUCCGUAGGGAAGUCCUCUCUUACGAUACAGUUUGUUGAAGGGCAGUUUGUUGACUCCUACGACCCCACCAUUGAAAACACGUUUAACAAAAUGGUCAACGUGAACGGUCAGGACUUCAAUCUGCAGCUAGUAGACACAGCUGGUCAAGAUGAGUACUCAAUUUUUCCACAAUCCCACUCAAUGGAUAUUCAUGGCUAUGUACUUGUCUAUUCAGUGACUUCCAUGAAAAGUUUUGAAGUCGUCCAGGUUCUACAUGACAAGCUGCUAGACAUGGUUGGGAAGAUUCAAGUUCCAACCGUUCUUGUAGGAAACAAAAAAGAUCUUCACAUGGAAAGGGUUAUCAAACCAGAGGAGGGGAAAAAACUAGCUGAUUCCUGGGGAGCUGCUUUCAUGGAGUCCUCCGCCAAAGAAAAUGAGACUGCUGUGGAGGUUUUCAAACGAAUCAUUUUGGAGAUGGAAAAAGCUGACGGGAAUGCACCUCCAGAGGAGAAGAAGUGUGCAGUGAUGUAAAGGUUUAUGCAGGACACCAGCGAGCUGAUUUACUGAAGACAUGAGGCACAACUUCACCAGCUUGCUAAUUGUGGCCUCAUAGGAAGCCGAGAUGGCAGCAGAGGAACAUCUGUUCUCCGCUGAAAAUUCAAAUUGAUUUAAAUAGCAAAGCAGCUGCCUAAAAAAUUAUACCAGAUCCCACUAAUUGUAACCGUUAAAGAAAAUGUCUAGAGCAGGAUUAACUUCUCAAAGAAGCAUCUUCUCUGGAUACAUUGAUGUUUUAAUGCAUCCUGGGAAUAAUUGUUUUUAUUUUUUUAUUUCUAAGGACUGGUCCAUGAUUUCAGCAGGUCUUUUUGACAGUAAUGCAAUCACAGUUCACAUUGCUUUAAAUGUGGUCACAACCGUGGAGUUCCCUUAGUAGUCUGUAAUGAUAUUCAACAUAAGAAAUCUCACUGGGGUUUCGCAGUUCUCGCUGUAAUUGUUAUCUACUCAUCUUCAGGUACCUUUCACUCAUGAAUUGUGGUGAUGUCGCCAUAAAACGAUUCUCUCAUUGAAUAUUUAAUAACUCAUAUUUUAAAGAUCUUCUACGCAGAUACACACCCCUUAUAUCUGUAGCAUAAUUUCUCCCCAUUCUGCGUGAUGAUGUUAUGGACAACACUUGUAAAUGGAAUAGAUAUUUGCUAAUUACAAGUUAUGCCCUUUAUAUACUCUAUAGAUAGAAUCUUAGAAUGUGAUUUGGUACUAUUGAUAAUAUCUGGACCGGUGCAAGCCUUUGCUCUCCUCAUUUUUCUAUGUAGAGUACAAUCUUAGGUGUUUACCAUAAUGAAAAAGAUUGAUAAAUUUCAGUUUUUGAAUUGCAUUUUAGUAUUACAAAAUACUAUUAAAGAGGCCACAGAGUUAGUUUAGUCAUUUUUAAGUUGAUGGCUUUAACGUCCUUGAUAUAACCCAACCUUAGUGCCUGUAGCCUUUCUGACAAAUGGUCGCCGUCACACACUUGAAUGUUUUCUUUCUUUCUUUUUUUUUUUUUUACAAAACCUGUAGCCUUACAGAGAUCUAAUGUACAGUAGUUUUCUGCCCUAAAGCAUUGUGUUGUAGCUGUAGUCGAUACCUCUAACCUCAUAAAAUGCUUUGCGUAAAUAGUUAAAUGGUGGAUAACUGAUGGCAGUUGAGCAGAGGCUGGUGAUGCUGUGUCUUGUGCCUUACAGAUGUUCCAAGUCCUUCAUCCUUUCCUUGACUCGAGGUGCUCUUAAGUUUGUUUUUGUUUUUUGUUUUUUUCCCUCCAUUGACUUGACACCAUAGGUGCGGGUGUUGUGCACCUGAACACCAGUAUUACCCUGUGGGUCAACGGUAAUUCAGAAAUCUUGCUGUAAACUGUUUUGUAAAUAAAUAAAUCUGUCACUUG